GUCGUGUGUAAUGCCGCUGAUCUCUGAUUCCUGAUCUCGCGUGCCGCCUGCUGCCCUGGCGCCGGCCCCGUUUAUAUACCCCGUCCCAUCACGCGUCCACCUUUUCGCCCCGCCCCGCCCGUCCAUGUCCCACCGCCACGUCUCGCGCCAGCAGGACCGCGAGGUCCGCAUGGCCGACCCCUCGCCCACACUCGCCCCUCACCUCAACGGCGCCCCCGCCCCCGCCGUCGCCGUCAACGGCGCUCACCAUUCCCACCAUGCCUCUCCUUCCGUCGCCCAUGCGGUCGCAGUCAACGGCAGCACAGCUCCCCUCUCGCUCACGCAGAAGCUGACUCGCGCAAAUGAGGAUAUCUGGAUGCUUGUCGGGCGCGUUGCGGAGCAGAUGGGCGAACUUGAUCUUGCGCUCUCCGCAUACGAAAGCGUGCUGCGCCACAAUCCCAAUUCUUUACAGGGAUUGAGUCAGGUUGCCAGCAUCGCGCGGAUCAAGGAAAACUACCCCAAGGCAAUCGAGUACUUCCAGCGUGUCGUUGCGGUGGACGAGCGAAACGGGGAGAUAUGGUCGGCCCUCGGCCACUGCUAUCUUAUGCAAGACGAUCUCCAAAAAGCUUACGCCGCAUAUCAGCAAGCCCUGUACAACCUCCCAAACCCGAAGGAGGACCCCAAGCUCUGGUACGGCAUCGGCAUACUCUAUGACCGGUAUGGAUCUCUUGAUCACGCCGAGGAGGCGUUCUCGUCCGUCCUCCGAAUGGAUAAAGAACUAGACUUCGACAAGGCCAACGAGAUCCUGUUCCGGCUCGGCAUAAUAUACAAGCAGCAAUGCAAGUACACGGACUCGCUCAAUUGUUUCCAUCAAAUCCUUCGCAACCCGCCAAGCCCCCUCGCGCACGCCGACAUAUGGUUCCAGAUUGGGCAUGUGCACGAGCAGCAAAAAGACUUCGUGCAGGCGAAGGAGGCGUACGAGCGCGUCGUGCAGGACAACCCCACCCACGCCAAGGUAUUGCAGCAGCUCGGUUGGCUGUACCAUCAGGACGGUUCCUCGUUCCAGAAUCAAGAUGAAGCUAUCCAUUACCUUACGAAGAGCUUAGAAGCUGAUUCCUCUGACGCGCAAAGUUGGUAUCUUCUCGGCCGCGCCUUCAUGGCUGGCCAGAAGUACAACAAGGCGUACGAGGCGUAUCAACAGGCGGUCUAUCGCGACAGCCGGAACCCAACCUUCUGGUGUUCAAUCGGUGUUCUUUACUUCCAGAUCAACCAGUUUCGGGACGCGCUUGAUGCGUAUUCGCGGGCCAUCCGCAUCAACCCCUACAUCUCGGAAGUUUGGUUCGACCUCGGCAGCCUCUACGAGUCUUGCAACAACCAGAUCUCCGACGCGAUCGAUGCGUACGCGCGCGCCAGCGAGCUCGACCCGUCGAACCAAAUCAUCACGCAGCGCCUCCAGCUUCUCAAGAACGCGCAGAUCAACGGCACGCGCGUCGGUGCCGCGCCGGGCCCGCAGGACGUUCACCCGACGGCGUACGCCAACGUCGUUCCCCCAGGUCCUGGUGGCAUGAGCGGGAUGCAGCUGAUGUUGCACCCGCCGGGCGUGACACCUCGCCCAGCUGCUCUGCGCACCGAUUCGCGUGGCCCGGGCAGCGAGAUGGCGCUGCCGCCGCCUUCGCAGAUGACGGCGAACGCGCGCAGUGGGUCGCCGCCGUUCCGUGGAGGACCGCCGCCGCCUGUCGUCCUCGACGAUCGCCACCCGCCCUCGCAUACACCGCUCGCGCCGAUGGAGCUCGACCGCGGCGGUGGGCCGCUGCGCGAUGGUGGUCGCUCGCUGCUCAACAGGGACAGCGUACCGCCCCAGCAGCUUCGCAGCUCGAACGGACACGUCGACCCCUUCUACACUCGCCCGGCAGGCGCGCGUCCCUCGCGCUCAUCAUCUCCGGCUGCCCCGGCUCCCGCACCCAUCGUCGCCGUGCGCGGUCGUUCGCCCGAGUCGUGGCAACAGCGCCCGCCCAAUGGCUCGCCCGUCAUGUCCAACCGCCAGUUCGCGACGCCACAGCGCGAGUACGACUCGUCUCCAAUGGACAACGUGCGCUCGUGGAGCCGCAACCAAGCCGCACAGCAGCAGCAGGAGAUGAUGCGCGGGCCCGAGCCGCCGCGCCGCGAGCCGUCGCCGCCCGUGAGCGAGCGGCAGCGGUCGGUGUCGCGGUCGAGCGCGCGCGUCAGCCGCCGCUACCUGCCGCCGGGUAUGGAGGAGGGCCGGAUGCCCGGGUACGAGCGCGAGCGCGAGCGCACGACGCGGUACGACCCUCGUAUGGACCUGGGCAACGAGCGCGACGCGAUGGAGGCCGACCGCCGCGCCAACUACGAGCGCUCGCCCGAGAGCAUGCGCGGCAGGGCUGCUGCCCAAGUCGCCGGCUCGUCUCGCAAGCCAAGCCCGGGCAGCCCGCACGCACCAACGGCUGUGAAGCGCGGUGCUCCGUCUGGCGACCAGAACGCAGGCCCGAGCAAGCGCAAGCGCCGCGCGGGCAAGUCGUCGGGGUCGGAUACGCCCAAGCCUGAAGGGUGGGCGGAGAAGAGCCGCGCGGGUGCGCGUUCGCCCGGCAUGAUGAGCAGCUCCGGCAACUCGUCCUCGCGCUCCGUGCAGCCAUCGCCGACCGCGAGCACGGGCAUGGUGCGCCCGCCGUCGCGCAUCGUCGACGAGGACUACGACGAGCCGGGUGCGAGCGCGGCGGAUGCGCUCAUUGGUCUCGCAUCCGCGGGCAGCGGCUCGUACCGCCAGGCCGAACCUGUGCCGAAGAGCAACUCACCGACGGUGUCGACGGGGAGCCGCCACAGCGACAACGCCCGCGCGCCGUCGCACCGCAACUCGAUCUCGUCGCAGCGCAGCCCCCUGUCGCCGCCCGCGCCGCCUCCGCCUACUCUCAAGCGGCCUCCCAGCCACGGCGGUUCUGAAGGCUCGGAGCCGAAGCGUCCUCGCAUGGACUCCCGUGCUCGUCGCCCUUCGUCGCCGGGCCGUCGUUCUCCUGUGCCGUCAAGUCGGCCAUCCCCCAUUCCCUUCCGCACUCAGCCCGCGUCGCGCUCGCCCGACACGCACGAGCCGUACCAGGCGAGCCCGUCUCUGCCCGCCGUACUUCCACCCCACCCGCGUCCCAUCGGCAACGGCGGCGGUGGCCAGGGUAGCUCGCCGAACAUCGCUCUUCCGCCCAUCGCGACGUUGCAGUCGCCCAAGAGCCCGCAGGAGGAGAAGGAGGACCGGAUGCAGGUCGACCGCAGCCGCUCGGGCACUCCCAGGCGGCGCUCGCCGAACACCCGCCCUUCGCCCCCCAAGGUGGAGAAGGAUUGAUUGUCUGCUUUUGAGUGACUGCUUCGUGGUGGUAUGUAUGUCAUGCUAUGCAUUGAUCUUAUGCUCGGAUAUGCCGAAGGGGGUGCUCAAAGACACUGAGAAUGCACUACUGUAAUAUACCAUAUCAUGUUGCUAUUUCUUGCUAUAUCUAUCUGCCUUAUGGAAUCACUCCUUUGAAACAUACUUUGUGAGUGAGGCU